CUGAUAAUGAAUUCUGAUAAAGAUAAGAAACAACCAUCAAAAAAAUUAUCGGAUUCUUUUAUUGUGAUAGAUAAUGAAGGAGAAGAUAAUGAUACUAUUUUAAAGGAUGACGGUGAUGAAUUGGUUAAACCUUUCUUGAAUAAUGAAAAACAAACCGGACCUAAUCCAACAAAUAGUAAUCCUAAUCAAUCAACUUUUGAAGAUGAUCACGACGGUGGUAUUACUACUGCUGACACCACCACCACUGCUAUCAAUUUAAAUCCUAGCGAGAAGCAUGAAUUCAAAGAGCCAUCAUCCUUGGCAUCAUCAUCAUUCGCCAGUGCUCAUCAGACCAGUUCUAGUCUUUUAGAGGAAAUUGACAAUGAAUUAAAGUACAACAACAGACAUAAUAUUCUCAAUACACAAAAUGAUAAUAAUCGCGAUGCCAAGUACAACGAUACUUCUAAAUUAUUUGAUGAUCAAACUGGAAAUCCAAUUUCAAAUAAACGUCUUCUUACCGAACAUAAUAAAGUGUCAUCAUCGUCACCAAACAAACAAAUAAAAAAAGGAAAAGAAGUAGAGGGAGCAACUUUUGCCAACGAAAAUAAUACCCCUCCUCCUGUUCCUCCAAAAACAAAUAUAGGUUCUUCCUCAAACCAAGAUGAUGAUGAUCCAUUUGCAGAUGCUCCUCCUUCAAUUACUGCUCAACAAAUUAUUGAUUCCUUACUCCCAAAAACAACUAGAGGUUCUUCCUCAAACAAAGAUGAUAAUGAUCCAUCUGCAGAUCCUCCUCCUUCACUUACUGCUCAACAAAUUAUUGAUUCCUUACUCCCAAAAACGACUAUAGGAUCUUCCUCAAAUAAUCCAUUUGAAGAUACAAAUACUCCUUAUUCUCCUCCUGUUCAACAGAAUUUUGGAUCCUUAGAGAAUAAUGACAUUUAUAAAGAUCUAUUUUCAAAAUCUCCUUCAAUUGUACCUUUAGAGAAAAACGAACUUUAUAAAGAUCUAUUGAAAAAUAAUACUGCUGCUGCUGCAACUGAUAAUUUAUCACCAUCAUCAUCAAAUAAGAAAACCGAAUACAAGUUUCAAUUUUCUGAUCCUUCAAUAAAUGAUUAUAAAAACUUGUUCCCAGGCUCUCCUUCAGCUGACGAUUUCACAAAGAGAAAUAAUGAAACGAAUAGAUAUCCUCUUGGUCACACGACAAGAACCUCUAAUGAAUUGAAACGCUUGUUUCCAGGUGAUUCUUCAACUGAUGAUCCCACAAAGAGAAAUGAUGAAACGAAUAAAUAUCCAUCUUCAGAGUCUCCAUACAGCUCUCUUGGUCACACAACAAAACCAUCUAGUGACUUGUUUCCAGAUUUUCCUUCAGCUGACGAUUCCACAAUGAGAAAUAAUGAAACGGAUAAACAUCCUCUUGGUCACACGACAAGAACCUCUAAUGAAUUGAAACACUUGUUUCCAGAUGAUUCUUCAACUGAUGAUUCUACAAGAACCUCUAAUGAAUUGAAACGCUUGUUUCCAGAUGAUUCUUCAACUGAUGAUCCUACAAAGAAAAAGGUCGAAACAAAUAGAGAUUCAUUUUCAAAACCUCAAAACAAAAAUUCUUCAAAAAGCAAAUCAUCAAAUCGUCAUUCAACACAAUCGCCGUCAUCAUCAACAUUUGCUGGUGACAACAACCAAUUCAGUUUCUCGGAGAUUGAUGGAUUAGCCGAUAAUAAUAGUGCUGAGAACUCUAAUGACGACGAAGAGGACAACAAUUCUGAAGAUGAUGGUAGCAAUGGUGACA